AUGAUGGGUGUACCGAACACAACUGCCGUCACGGAGUUCCUUCUUGCGGGAUUAACAGACAACUCAGAUCUGAAACAUAUUCUGUUCACCUUUUUCCUUGUUAUUUAUACCCUGACUUUGUUUCAGAACAUGGGACUUAUAGUGCUCAUCAGUAGCAAUAGUCAACUUCAUACCCCUAUGUAUAGCUUCUUGUGCCACUUAUCCCUUCUUGACAUAUGCUACUCUUCGUCAGUUUCAAUAAGGAUGCUGAUGGACUUUGUCUCAGACAAGAGGUCCAUAUCAGUAGCUGGAUGUGGAUUUCAGAUGUUUUCUUAUGCUGGAUUUGGAGGAACCGAGUGCUUUCUCUUGGCGGCCAUGUCCUAUGACAGGUUCGUGGCCAUAUGCCACCCACUGUCCUACCUACAAAUGAUGAGCAAGCAGACAGUUGUGAUCCUACUUGUGCUCUGCUACCUGGGGGGCUUCCUCAAUGCCGUGGUUGAGACUUGUUUCUCGCUCUUGCACUUGGACUUCUGUGAACCACGCCCGCAUAUUCACCACUUCUACUGUGAUGUCAUUGCACUGAUCGUGAUUUCCUGUGGUGACACCAGACUCAAUCAAUUGAUCCUCUUCUCCUUUGUGGGAUUUAUUGAGCUCUCAUCUCUUUUAGUGAUCCUGGUCUCCUACUUAUACAUCAUAAUAUCUGUCGUACGUAUCCGUUCCUCCACAGGGCGCAAGAAGGCCUUCUCUACGUGUGCAUCUCAUUUGACGGUGGUGACUUUGUUUUAUGGAACGAUCAUUUUUAUGUACCUCAGACCUUCAACGGCCUACAGCCCGGAGCAGGACAAAGUAAUAGCUGUAUUUUUCACUAUAAUUAUUCCCUUCCUGAAUCCUCUAAUAUACAGCCUAAGGAAUCGAGACGUGAAGACUUCUGCCAAAAAAUUGGGAGUUUCCUUAAAAAAAAUGGGAAGCUUUGCUGUACUUUGA